AUGAUAAUUAAAUGUGUUAAAAUAUAUAUAACUUUGACUAUUAUUAAUUGGUUAUUUAUAACUACUAAAUCUCAAAGUAGUUCAAUGAAUCUUGGAUGUAAUUUUGGUUAUUACCAAGAUACAUCUGGGAAUUGUGUUAAGUGUCCAGAGAAUACAUAUGGACCUGCAAGCAAUUUACAGCAGUGCCUCCCAUGCCCUCAAUAUUCUGGAACUGCAAACAAAACUGGAUCAAAUACAGUAUCUGACUGUUUAUGCGAUGCUGGCUAUUACAGACUGGAAGAAACCAAUAUAUGUAUCAAAUGUCCUGCUGAUAAAAGUAGAUAUAUUUGUCCAGGGCCUUAUGUAAAAAAUUAUUGUGAAACUCAUAAUAUAGCAAAUGAGGGGUGGUGGAUCCAAUCGACAUUAUCUGGAAUAUACCAAAAGUGUCCAAUAAAAACUGCUUGCAAAAGUAAAUGUGCUGGAUGUACGACAGGUUAUACAGGACCAUUAUGUAAUACAUGUGAUUUUAGUCAUUUUAAAUUUCAAUUUGGAUUAGAUAGUUUUUGUAUUAAGUGUCCAAAUUCUGGUGAAAUAAUCGCAAUAUUAAUAUCAAUUUAUGCUAUUUUAUUAACUAUAUGCUAUGCUACAAGUACAUCACUAUGCUUUAUAUAUUAUAGCAUGAUUAAUGAUAGAUUAACAAUGCCAAAUUUCUUUAUUAUAUAUCUGAAUAUUAUGAUUUUACUUGCUCAAAAUAUUUGGUUUCCAAUAUCAUUAUUUCCUUCUAAAUGUAUUACUCAUUUAAUUCCAUCAGAAAUGUUAUCAAUAAAUGAAAUAGGUACUACAGAUGCAAAAUCAAAUCUAACAUUAGCAAUAGUAAUACCAAUAAUGGGAAUUACUUUAUUAUUUAUAUUUUUUACAUUUAAACAUAUUAUUGAUAUAGCAAGGAUAUAUAAAAAAAGUAAUUGUCAAGUGGAUUUGCAAAGUGGAGAAUUUAUUGAUUCAUCAAUAAGAUUAGAUAAUUUUAAUAAAGCAUUAAAGAACCAAAUGGUUAAGACUACAUAUAGAUUUAUAUCUUCUUCACAGAUAUUUUUAUAUUUAAUAUAUAGUCCAAUUACAUGGGUAUUUUUGAAAUCAUUAAAAUGUAUAAAUAUACCAAGCUAUGGUAAUGUAACAGAAGAAGAUUAUGUAUUAUCAUGUGGAGCUUUAAAAAAUUCAUCUGCAGCAGGAUUAACAUAUUUUUCAGUAUUUUUUCCUUUAAUUAAUAUAAUAAAUGGGAUUAUUUUUAGACGUAAAAUUAUUCAUAAAGAAGAAUUAUACUAUAUAAGUAAUGAGUUCUUAUUUUCUGGUUAUCAUCCACUUGUCCAAUUUUGGGAAUCAAUUAGAUUAUAUGUAUUAUUCGGUACUAUAGGAGUUAUGAAUUUAACUUAUGCAACAUCUCAUGAUUUAUUAGUAUUUUGUCUAACUAUAUUAGCUUGUGUAACAUUUAUUGAGACCUUAAUUCCUCCAAUAAAUAAUAAAGAUUCAGUUGCACCUUAUGCAAUAAUAAAACCUUGGUGGAUAUUAUCCUUAAGUUCAUUAACAGUAUCACGUUUUGUAGCUUUUUCAUUAGUUACAUCAUUAUGUUUAUUUGGUAUAUAUGGUUAUUUUCCAAAAGCUGGUUUUAUUAUCUCAAUAGCUAUUGUAGUUUUGGAAUUAAUGACAAUAGUAUUUUUAUUUUACCAAGUAAGUAUAGAUCUAAUAUUACUUGCAUAUAAAUAUAGAAAAUAUAAAAGAAUUUAUGGUGAAAAUGAACAAUUUAUAGAUACUGUCGAAGAAAAAGAUGGUUUUUUAUUAUAUUAUCAACAUAAUUUAGGAGAGGAAGAACAGGAUUUUUUUAUAAGUGGGCUAUUAAGAUCACCUUUCCCAGAUGAAGCAGCUGCUCAAAUGAUAUAUCUUGUUGAGCACGGUAACUUGUUUGAUUGUGAUACUAAAGAAGUUGGUAAAUGUCUUUUUUCAGCAGGAUUUUUUGAACCACAAGGGCAAACACUAAGAUUUUUGAUUCCAAGAAUUAAAUAUUAUAGAGAAAAUCCAGAUAUCCCAGUUAAUAGUGAAGUUGAAUUAUUAGAUGAAGUUAGGAAGGUAUUAAUGAAUGCUGUGAAGAAGUUAGGUAUUGAAGUCUAUGUAAAAGAUUCUCAGUAUAGAGCUAAUGGAGCAAGAAUUGCAUUCUGUACCCAACAAGUUGGACCUUCUGUAUUGUUACAAACUUCAGAUUAUUUAUAUAAUUUUUUAUCAAAAUCAAGAAUUUCAAAUAUAUUAGAAGUAAAAUUGCGACAAAGUCAAUUUCGUUUAUUAUUCCCAGAUGCUAUUCCAAUGGUAUACCCUGAUGAUGAAGAAUUUAGAUUGAGGAUCAUUGAUGCUAGGAGAAUAGCAAGACAAAUUUAUUCUGAAAGGCGUAAAAGAGAGGCAGUAUUAAAGUCUGAAAAUUUAUAUGAUAAAUAUUUUGGCUUUCAUUCACCAAUGCUUCCUGAUAAUAAAGAAAUAUUAGCAAUUAGGAAAUUGAAUGAACUUAUUGCACCACCUAGAUGGGAUCCAUUGGAUGGCAGACUAGACCGUGAAUUUGAUUAUGAUAGAUAUUGUAAAAUAAGAGGACAGUUUGAAGAUAUAUUAUCAUUAAAUAAAGAAUUAAGUGAUAUUGAUACAAAAGAGAAGAAUUCAAGAUUUUAUAAAGAUCAAUAUCAUUUCUUAGUCUCAAAAAGAUAUAAUGCUGCAUAUAUGGUUGGUGAUAAAUAUGUAAUAAAUGGAGAUUCUGAAGUUCAUGAUAUUGUCUAUCAAACAAAUAAUAAAAGUAUUACUUUGAGAAAUAGUACACCAGUGAAGAAAAUUAAGUAUGGAGAUAAACAAGAUCAAGAUCAUAAAUAA